UUUGACAAUCGAAUCAAACCUCUCUUCAAAUUUGGAAGUCAAACGUGCUUGUUCUCUUCGAGCUAAGGCCUACAGGCGACUUGCACUUUUAUAUUGAAAAAUGGCAUCAAAGGCUGAAUUAGCUUGUGUAUACUCUUCCCUCAUCCUGGUUGACGAUGAUGUCGCCGUAACUGGUGAGAAGAUUUCGACCAUCUUGAAGGCUGCGGGUGUCGAUGUGGAGCCCUACUGGCCGGGUCUUUUCGCUAAGGCCCUCGAAGGCGUAAAUGUACGUGAUUUGAUCACGAACAUCGGAUCUGGCGUAGGAUCUGCGCCAGCCGCCGGUGGCGCGCCUGCUGCCGCCGCCGCGGCGCCCGCUGCUGAAGCUGCCAAGGAAGAAAAGAAGGAAGAAGAACCCGAGGAAUCUGACGAUGACAUGGGCUUCGGUCUGUUUGACUAAAAAGCUUUAUUUUCAAAGCUUUUAUUCCAUAAAGCUUCACGAAGCUUAGGCAUAAGGAAAAUAAUUUUAUAAAAUGUAAAAAAAUUGAAA